GAGCAAACAGGUUUACCAGAUGUAUUAAAACAGCCAUGAGUCUACAUAUCAAGAGUAAAGUUAGUCUACUGGGAGGAAUUGCAUUUUCUGUGGCAGCCUACAUUUUGCUACACUAUACAGGGAUAUGGAUUUAUAUAAUAGCAGUCCCCUUAGGAAUAUGUGGUAUUAUGUGCUUGGAUAUCCUUCGCUUGGAAGUUUCAAAGAGUCAUACACUGGGUUCACUUCUUUCCUUGUAUAUCAUACAGGGAAUCAUCGCAACACUAAGCCGAUGGUGCUACUCAUCCUUCAUCAACACUGACCCUAGGAAGGCCCAAGAUAAGCUACUAAUGAAGCUGAUUAGAGCCAACCAGAAUACAAAGUAUGGAAUUGACCACAACUUCUCAGCAAUCAAAACACCAGAAGAUUUUAUUGCUAAUCAUCCAGUUACCAGCUAUGACCAUUAUGAACCAUACUUCAACAGAGUGAUUGAAGGCGAGGAUAAUGUGAUAGUGGCCAAUUCUAAAACUGACUACAUCAUUCUUACAUCUGGAACAACUGGGAACAACAAGAAGUAUCCAGUCUCAUACUCUGGUGCCCAUAAAAUUGGACUAAAUGAGAUGUUCAAGACAGUGGCAGCAGUAAUUCACACAUCCUAUAAAACAUAUUCUGCUCUGUAUACAUUUAAGCUGUUGAAGUCAUUGGAUAUUUAUAUCAUUCAGGACCCUAUACUGACAGAAAGGGGAAUUCCAAUGGGGGGAAUAAUGGGAAGAUUGAAGAAAUUUCCCCCUGGUUCGGCAGCACCUAGUGUUAUACUGAACGUAUCCACCCAAAAUGAGGCUUUGUAUUUGUAUGCCUUAUAUGGUCUGAAAGAAGAAAAGCUUAGACUUCUUCAUCCACAUUUAGCUACAGUUGGUUUGAAAUUCUUUGAAACGAUUGAAUCCAACUGGCAGCAACUGUGUGAUGACAUUGAAACAGGUACAAUUUGGAAAAACUUGGCCAUUUCCUCCAAUAUACGUCAAGAAUUAGAAAAACAUCUGAAUGCAGACAAAACCAGGGCACGUGAGCUUAGGAGAGUUCACAAAAGGAAUGAAAGGUAUUGCCACAAGAAUAUGGAAAGAGCUACCAUUUGUUUCAAUGGUAUCGACAGGAUCAUUUAAGAUACACGCUGAAAUUGUUAAAGAGAGAUACCUUACAGAAAUAGUUCCUGUGGUUACUACUAUACAUGGAGCCUCAGAAGGAAUAUUUGCUGCUACUAUUGAACCAGGAACAAAAGGCAAGCAACUGGCCUUAAACUCUGCAAUGUUUUAUGAGUUCAUACCAGUGGAUGAAGAAAGCGCUGACCCCAUAAGAGUACACCAGAUUGAGGUAGGCAAGUGCUAUGAGAUGUUGAUCACCAACAGCUUUGGACUGUACAGAUACAGGUUUGGAGAUGUCAUCAAGAUUGUAGACUACAAGAACAAAGUGCCACUUUAUGAUUUUCAAUACAGGACUGGGCAAAUGUUGAAUCUUCUUUGGGAGAAGACUCCUGAAGGAGCAUUUAUGGACUCUGUGAUCAAUACAGUAAAAGAGAUCCAGGGACUGACAUUAAUAGACUACACAGCCACUGAGAAUAUUAACAUGGCCAAGUUGAGAAACAGAGUGACCACUGCACGACACUAUAUCCUCUUUCUAGAAGUCACGCAGAAUGACGACAAUGUCAUCCUUUCUGAUGAACAACUCAGCAAGUUUGACCAUUCCCUCUGUGUG